AUGGCAACGUCAACGGCCCCAAAAAACAUUAAACCGACCUCUGUCAAGGAAAAAGAAGCGGUCCUAAAGGCAGCCCGGUACUAUGUGGACGGCCUGAAAACCGGCAAUAUUGAGCAUAGUCGCCAAGGAUUCCACCCAAAGGGAGGAAUGUAUGGCUGGAUUGACGGCGAAUUGAAAACUGUCCCAAUUCAGGAACUGUUCGAUAUGAUCGUAGAGCGAGGAUGCACUCCGGAACUAAUUUACCGUUUGGAUAUCAUCACCAUGACCCCUACCACGGCAAUUGUGGAGGUCGACUCAGAGAUGGAAAAUGAAGGAUUUCGGGACCAUUUGGCUAUGGUGAGGGUGGAUGGUGAAUGGAAGACGGUUGCCAAGCUAUUUCAUAUAUAUGAUAAGCAGUGA